GAGAAAACAGAAAGAGAAAAAGCAAAAAGUUCUAUUAAAGGACCUCCAAACUAAUUUAGUCAAACUUUUUGUUUUAAGCAUCUGUUUAUCAAGCCCUUGCAUGACCAAGUCAAAGGAAUUAUUUAUUGGGCCCAUUAAAGUGACAUGGGCUAAUAUUAACACAACCCAAGUCUUUUCCUGUGCUAAAGUCAAACAAAAUCCAUUAAUUUUCUGGACCUUUGGAGUCAGAGCCUGGACUGUGUCUAAACUGAGCCCAAGAGGACUUAACAGGUUCUUGCUCUGUUUGAUGUGAUCCUAUAUUGGUCAUGUGUUGUCCAUCUCAUUUCUAAGAUCACAGAGACUUACCCACCUUCCAGGGUCCCAGAGAACCUUUGGGUAUAAGUUGUAGUAACCACUAGAGAAUCCCACUUCUGAUACUAUAUUGUUGUUUGUGAAAAACAAACUCCCAAAUCUGAAAAAGUAAAAAAUAACUUAUUAGCAUCUAUGACCAAGUACCUAUGAACAGAAGGAUCUGGUUUAUUUAUUAAGAAUUUGACUUGUUCCUUCAGUCCUUGAAGAUUUGGUCAGUCUUUUUUGUCAGGCCACGUACAAUCAGAAACUAGCUUUUGUUCAGUUAAAUGAUCUCCCAAGUACCAUAGAAUCUUACAAUAUUAGAGCUACAGAGGGUUUUGGAGACCAUCUUAUUUCUCGGAUAACAAAUACUGAGACCGAGAAGAGGUAAGAGUUUGCACAAGAUCACACAAGUUUGAGGUGAAACUUACCUGUCCUGAUUCCAGACUGGAUGGCCCUCUUCGGACAUCCUCUUGUCUUUUCUUAUGCCCCGGUUGCUGCCUUAUCAAAUGGAAGGAGAUGUAAAAUAGUCUUCUGGGCCAAACAAAACCACUUUUUCCUUUUGCAGCUUUUCUGAAAAGCAUCCAGUGUUCUCCCUAACAACCACCCAGAACUCGAGAAAUACCACCCCUGCCUCCACCACAACCUUUAUUACAGUGUUAAUUUUGAGCCAAAUGUUGGCUUUUACAAAUAUGAGGCUUUCUCACAUUGAUGUUAUCUCCGGACAAAAUCCUUUAGGCAGGAUCUAUUCAGAAAUUUUACUUGGUUGUGGACUAUAUUAAAUUGUAGCAGAAUGUCAAAAAAAUAUUUGAUUUGGCUAGUAAUUUAACCACCCCAUGCCUCCAUUUCCGUAAUUAUAAAAUCUGGGUUUUAACACUUCUAAGGUCUCUGAGCUUCUCCACCUUCCCACUUCAACUCCCAAAUUAAUUUCUAAAUCUAUGAUUUUUUUUCUCUUCACCAAUCCAGACCAGUUGAUUUGCUCUCAUGAUCUUGCCUUAUUGGAUUUUUAUCUCAGUUUAUCAUGUGAGGAUAUUUAUGGUGUCAAGGACCAAGAGCACUUAGGAUCCAUGUGACAGUGUUUUGGAUAAAUUUAAGCAUACAGGUAGUGCAAGAAUCACCCUUUGCCAAAUAUCUAAGUCCGUGAUAAUAAAAUUAAUAUUGCUGAGUAGACCUUUCCAUGUGUGGAAGCCUGCCAAACAUGAGAGCAUUAUUUGUUAAAGGAACAAAAUUAUUGUUACUAAUAACAAGAGUAACUUAUUAUUCUAACUAGCAUUUGUAUAACAGUGCACUAAAGUGCUAUACAUAUGUGCUCUAACACCAAGCUGAAAAGCCUUUAAAUGCUUGCUAUUGGUACCUCACAAGUCUGCUGUCCAAAGACUAAUUUAGCUAACCUUGGAGAAACUCGUCACUAGAAUCUUAGUUGCCAGAUAAUGAUUUUUUUUUUCCUCACUAUAGCAACUGGUGACAAUUUGCUGCUAAGACAGAAAAGGAGUUGAGGUCUGCAUCUGUGGAAGAAAUUCCCUUACAGAUGAAAUCACAGCUUCUUUAAGUGUUAAAUUAAAUGUUUCUACUUUAUCAGUCUAGUUUCACUAAUAGUAACUGAUCAUUAGGCAAUCCUCUGAAAUCAAUAAUCAGUAUUAUUAUUCUCAUUAUCCUUAUCUCGGUAUCGAAGAUGAAAAAAAUGAAACAUUUACAGUACAGGAUUUACCCUGCUUCCUUCGGAGGAGAUUCUGAUGAGGAAUACAUUUACAUGAACAAAGUUACAACCCAUAGGCAGCCGCCUGUGGAGACAGAAGGCACAGGAAAAGACAAAGACAAAGCACUGAAUUUUUCAGAUCCUUUGACCAAUGGGGAGUUGGGACAGCACUUAUCCGCCCCACAGAAGAGCCUACCUGAUCUCCCACCUCCUAAAAUAAUUCCAGAAAGGAAACAGCUCCCAGUCCCAAAGAUCGAGUCUCCAGAGGGAUAUUAUGAAGAGGCAGAACCAUAUGAUACUUCCUUAAAUGAGGAUGGUGAACCUGUGAGUAGCUCCUAUGAAUCUUAUGAUGAAGAAGAGAGCAGCAAGAGCAAGUCAACCCCUCAUCAAUGGCCAUCCCCAGAAGCUACCAUUGAGCUGAUGAAGGAUGCCCGGAUCUGUGCCUUCCUGUGGAGGAAGAAGUGGCUGGGGCAGUGGGCUAAGCAGCUGUGUGUCAUUAAGGACAGCAGAUUAUUGUGCUACAAAUCCUCCAAGGAUCACAACCCCCAGCUUGAUGUGAAUCUGGUAGGCUGUAGUGUUAUCUACAAGGAGAAACAAGUGAGAAAGAAAGAGCACAACCUGAAGAUCACACCAACAAAUGCUGACGUGAUUGUUCUGGGACUGCAGAGCAAGGACCAAGCAGAGCAAUGGCUUCGGGUCAUCCAAGAUGUCAGCAGCUUGCCGUCUGAAGGAGUUUUUGAAGGAAACCAAUACACUCCCGAUGCUCAUCGUCUUAAUUGUCAGAAACCAGACAUAGCUGAGAAAUACCUGUCAGCCCCAGAAUAUGGGAAUAGUGUGGAUGGUCAUCCUGAGACCACAGAGAUCAAAGACGUUAAGAAGAAAGGUACAGCAGGCCUCAAACUGAGCAACUUGAUGAACCUGGGGAGGAAGAAAUCUGCUUCAUUGGAGAAUACUGAGAGGUCUCUGGAAACAUCCAGUUACCUGAAUGUCCUGAUCAACAGCCAGUGGAAAUCCCGGUGGUGCUGUGUGAAGGAUAGCCACCUGCACAUCUACCAGGACAGGAACCGCACUAAAUCGGCACAGCAGCCCCUCAGCCUGGUGGGAUGCGAAGUUAUCCCAAAUCCCAGUCCUGAUCACCUCUACUCCUUUCGGAUUCUCAACAAUGGAGAGGAGAUAGCCAUGCUUGAGGCCAAAUCUUCAGAGGAAAUGGGCCAUUGGCUGGGCCUCCUUUUGUCUGAAUCGGGGUCCAAGACAGACCCAGAAGAAUUUACCUAUGACUAUGUGGAUGCAGAUCGAGUUUCCUGUAUUGUGAGUGCAGCAAAGACCUCUUUCUUUCUGAUGCAGAGAAAAUAUUCAGAGCCUAACGCCUAUAUUGAUAACCUGCCCAAAGGUCACCAGCACGAGGAACCUUAUGAUGAAGUUAUUCUGGAUACAAACGAGCCAACAUUAGCAGAACAAAUCCAAGAUACCACCCCUCUGAAAGCAACCACGUUUGAAGAAUUGGAUCGAGUAUACUUGGACCUCACACCACUUAUGUCCUUCCCACCUGGCCCCAAUCAUGUGAAAAUCCAACCUUCCCCUCAUUCCUCUCCCCUUUUGGAAAAAGCCAUCUUUAAGACAGAAUUAGAAGAUAGCACUGAAAGCUCUUUAGGAGACAGGGAAAAAGAAUUCUGCCAAAAGUCUUUGGAAAUAACACAAGAGCAGAAACAGCCAGAAAGGUCAGAAUCAGAAGAGAUGUCUCCAAAAGGCACUGGUGUCAAAAUCCAAACCCAACAGCAGAAAAUCUCUUUCCCUCAGAGUGUUCCUGACUUCCAAUUCAGCACAGCAACAGCGGCUCCUCCCCAGCCAGUGGCUACCCCUAAAGAGAAAACUGAUAAGACCAAAGGGAUCAUUGCAGCACCUGUAGAAAUUAAACUUGGCAAGAAUAGGACUGAGGCUGAAGUGAAGCGGUACACAGAGGAAAAGAGGAGGCUUGAGAAGGAGAAGGAAGAAAUCCGGAGUCACCUUGCACAGCUUCGGAGAGAAAGGCGAGAACUGAAAGACACCAUGGUGAAAUGUACAGACAGGUGUGCCCUGGUCUGUCUGGAGCAGAGACUAAAGGAGAUGGAGGAGGAAUGCAGGGAGAAGGAAAACAGACGUGUGGACCUGGAACUGAGCAUCAUGGAGGUGAAAGAAAGCCUGAGGAAGGCGGAGGCAGGACCCGUGACACUGGGCACAGCAGUGGACACCACUCACUUGGAGAAUACAACUCCCAAAGCCAAAGCCCCCAAUCCUGCUCCUGCUGCCGAUUCUUCUCCAGUCAACUCUGCUACAGCUUUAAAAAACAGACCUCUCUCUGUCAUGGUAACAGGCAAGGGAACAGUUUUAAGGAAAGCUAUGGAAUGGGAGAAGAAAGGAGCAAGUUAGGAAACUAUCUUCCAAUAAAAACUGAUGUGAUUGAUAUGGACCUUGGAUGACAAUCCUCCCAAUUUAAGGUCUGGCAUAAAGGCGGAAAACACUGAGCUUGGAGAGUCUGUUCCGAAGGAAAAGAAAGAGACUGAGACAACUGUGAACAGCAGAGGUCUUUGGCUAAGGACUCCCACACCUCCAUGAGGUAAUGGGGAGAGAGGAAGGAAGGACUCUUGUGUCCCUUUUUCACCAACCAGGGAAUAACCGAAAAGGAAAGGACAUAUUUAUAGGAUUCCUAAUCCAUUGUUUUAAACAGGAAUGCUACUGUUCUUAGGGAUGGUUUGUGUAUUUCUACAUACAAAUUUAUCAAUUGCAUUAUACUGAAAUUUAGUUCAUAGUUUCAUAACAAGAGAUUUUGUUUUUGUUUUGGGGGAGAUUUAAGGGGAGGAAAUGUGUGAAGAAUUCAGGUAUCUGAAUGGUUCUCCCACUUGGAAUUUCAGCUUGAAUAACCAGGAUAACUUAAAAUCAUCAUCUCUAUUUGAUACUCAGCAGAAAUUAGAGAUACAUUUUGCCUACUUUGAGGGAGCUGGCCUCCAGGGUUAGUGACUCAAAUCCAGAGCAAUUGUGCUAUAGAUAAUUCAAACUCUCAGUUUCAGGCUUUUUGGUUUUUGAUUCUAUGCAAGUAGAAAUAGACUAGAAUUAAAAAAAAAAUUUGCUUUUGAAAGAGGGUUGCCCUUUUAGAGGGAAGAAAAAGAAUAUGUGGCUUUACUUCAGGUAAGUUAUUGGUAAAAGGCCCUCAUUCACUAGUGUGAAGGACAAAAGAAUGUUUUUUUUUAUUUAACAUGAGGAUAAUCUUCUACAAGGCUCUAACACAUUUUAUAAGUAACAGUGAGAUCCUCACCUUAAAGCCUAUAAACAAAAGCCAUUUUUUUGAAAGGAUGUGUUUUUUAUCCAUGUUAAAAAGUGGUGCCUCAGUUCUAGCUGAAAGAUAUUUCAUUAACCAGGUUCAGUGGAAGAUAAAAAUUUCCUUUUCUUUUUAUCAGGUUAGUUCUAAUCUGUGGAUUAACUAUCUCAAACUGAAGGGAUAUAAGCACUCUUUUCCUCCGAGAUAGGCAAUGCCCAGG